AUGGAGCCGCUGAGCAGGUCGGAGGUGUACACGCUGGGCGUCUUUGCGGCCGCUUGCCUGGCAGUCCUCUCAAGUUCUUGGCGCAACGAUGGAGAGCCCUUCUACGCCUCUCUGGCCAUCAGUGGUCUGGCCUACGCCUUUUCGUACUGUGUCAUCAGAUGGACUGGAGAUGUGUUCCUGGCUCGCGGCUACAAGGGCAAGGACAAAGGGAAGAAGCAUGAGCCUGAACUACCAGAGAUGAUGGGUCUGAUAUGCGCCUUGGUAUAUCUCCUUACGCUCGUUUGCUUCCUCCCGUUCGCGUUCAAGCGCGAUAUCGCGGAAAUGACGUCUGGCGCUGAUGACCAGGAUCUCGUGUUGGAAGCACAACAGAUUGAGACAGGGCGCUUUCUCCACCGAUUUCCGCUGGAAAAGCUCGCCUCCUAUGGCUUUGCAUAUGGCACAUUGGCCUCCACGACACUGCUUGGAAUCCUGGACGAUUCGUUCGACAUGAGAUGGAGACACAAAUUCUUCAUCCCAGCUUUCGCAGCAUUGCCAAUGCUUGCAUUGUACUAUGUCGACUUCGGUGUUACAUAUGUUGUGGUACCGCUUCCUCUGCGUGGCUACCUGGGAGAAGUCGUUGAUCUUGGCGGGCUAUACUACCUCUACAUGGCUGCCAUAUCCAUCUUCUGCCCCAACAGCAUCAACAUCCUGGCUGGAAUCAAUGGCAUCGAAGUCGGUCAGUCACUCGUGAUUGCAGGAUUGAUUGCGGUGAAUGAUGCGUUGUACCUCCUGCCAACGGUGCACCAACCACACCCUGCGGCAGAAUCGCAUCUGUUCAGCAUCUACUUGCUUCUGCCGUUCAUCGGCGUUUCGCUUGCACUGCUGAAUCACAAUUGGUUUCCCGCCAAGGUGUUCGUCGGCGACACUUACUGCUACUUCGCAGGCAUGGUGUUUGCCGUGGUGGGCAUUCUGGGACACUUCAGUAAGACAUUGCUCUUGUUGCUCAUUCCUCAAAUCUUCAACUUCUGCUACUCGGCGCCGCAGUUGUUUCAUUUCGUGCCUUGUCCAAGGCAUAGGUUACCGCAAUUCAAGGCCAGCAGCGGGCUGCGGGAGGCAUCCGUGGCCGAGUUUGCGGUGGACAAGCCCAUCCGCCCGUGGGUCGGAGAGGUGCUGAAAGGUCUGCACAAGCUCAAACUCAUUCGCGUCAAAGUGGAUGACACCGGACGAGUCACGGAGGCGAGCAAUAUGACCAUUUUGAAUCUAUGGUUGGUGUGGAGGGGCCCUUUGCGAGAGGACCGGCUGGCCUUGGAAAUUUUGAUUGUGCAGAUGGCGUGCGGGAUGGCUGGCCUGGUGAUUAGACACUGUCUGGGUCGAUGGCUCUUCAUACCCGCGGAUAAUCGGUUCUGA